AUGUCGAUAGCAACUCCUCCAACACCUCAAGUAAUAAUAAGUCAAUUAGAGGAAGCUAAAAAUUUAACAAUAUCUAAACCAGAUAUUUUUCCCAAGAUAUACAAACAAAUUUUACCAAUUAUAAAUAACAAUCCAUCCAACCUAAUAAAAAAAUGGGGAAUAGAUUUUAUAUAUGGGACCUUAAUUACAUCAGAAUUUGGUGGUGAUUUAUCUAUAAAUGAUAAAGUAGAUCUUUCAAUUGAUUCUCUUGAAACUUUAAAUUUUCUAAUGAAUAUACCUAUAAAUAUUCAACAACAACAACAACAAUCAAAUAAUUUAGAUCAACAACAAGGUCAUGAUGUUCAAAGUUUUAAAAAAUUAAUUGAUAUUUCUUUAAUUGUUUAUAAAUUAGUUUUUAAAUAUAUUUCAGAAAAUGAUGGAGCAGUUCAAUUAUGGCAAAAAUUAACUGAAUUAAAAAAUUCAUUAGUUAAUAAAUUUAAUACAAAUUAUCCAUUAGAAAGUUCAGAUAAUGUAGAACAUGAUUUAGUUAGGAAUAUUGCAACAAAAUUAGAAUUAUUAAAAUUUGUAAUGACUGUUAUUGAUUAUCAAAGUAAAAAUCAAAUUAUUGGUGAACCAAUUGAAGAUCCUGGUUUUUCAUUAUCAAAUGUACCACCAAAUCAUUCUUUAAUAUCUUAUCAAAAUAUGGAAUAUGAAGCAUCAGCAUUAUUUGAAAAUUUAAUUUUAAAAGUAUUCAAAUUAGAUAUAAUGAUACCUCAAUUAAUAUCUGCAACUUUAAAUUAUUGUGCUAUUAUAUUGAAAAAGAAACCUCAAUUUAUAGGUCAAUUAUUCAAAGCAAUUGAAAAUUAUGAUACUGAUUCAAAAUUACAAUCAAAUUAUCAAACAUUAGAAAAAUAUAAGUUAUCAAAAAAAUAUGUUGAAAGAGCAAUAAGAAAUUUUUUAAUUCAUGCUAAAAGAUGUAAUUUAAUACCUAUAAAUUUUAAAAAUUCAGUUGAUGCUAGAAUUAAUUUAUUAAUUGAUAGAGGUAAUGAAGUUAGAAAGAAAAAUAUUUUCAAUAUUGAUUUUCCAAAACCUACUAAAAGAAAAUUUGAAGGUUUUUAUAAUUCUUCUAAAAAGAUGAAAAAAUUAGAUUAUAAAAAUUUAUAUACUUUAUUGGAGCCAGAGAAUGGUUUGAAUGAAUUUGAUUUUAGUUUAAUUCCCCCACAAUAUUAUUCAAAUAUGGUGAUUAGCGCAUUGAAAAAAGUAUCAGUAUCAAAAUUAUCAAAAGCUUUGGAGAUUGUUGGAGAAAGAUAUAAAAAUGCAAUUUCAAAACCUCAAACUCCUUUUGGUUCAUUCAAUACUGAAACUAAAUCUGAAACCGGUACUCCCAUACUUGAUAAUGCUGGAAAUAUUGUUACAGUUAAAGAAGAAGUUGGUGUUACAAAAGGAGUAGCCUCAGAAUUCAAAUUGAAAAAGGAAGAUGAAGAUGAAGAUGAAGAUGAAGAUGAAGAUGAUAAUGAAGAAGAAGCAGAAGAACCAUUUUUUACAUUACCACCGGCAAAAGAUUUAUCAUAUGAUGAAAAGAAAGAACAUUUAAAAAUAAUAAUAGAUAAUUUUUUUAAAUUAGCAAAAUUAGAUUUACCAGCAAAUACAAAUCCAAUACAAUUAAAACAAGCAAUAACAGAAAGAUAUAAUGGAUCUAAUCAACCUCAACCAGUACAAAAGGAUCAAUUUCAUAAAGAAUUAACAGAUAUUGCAAUAAAAUCUUUUAAAAAAGAUAGUUGGGUAUUAUUAUUAACAAGAUUAGCAACAAGAGGAAUGAGAACUAAUGCAGAAGAAGAUGAAUUAGAAGAUAAAUCACCAGAUGAUCAAUCAAAUGAAGAUUUGUCAAAUAUGAUAAGAGAUUCAAUUUUUAAUUAUUUUAUAGAAAAUAUUCAUUCAAGAGUUGAUAUAGUUAUAGAAUGGCUUAAUGAAGAAUGGUUUAGUGAACAAGCAUUUCAACAAGAUAGAAUAUUAUCAAAUUCAAAUUCUUCCAAAACAAAAGAUUCAAAAAUAUUAUUUCAAAAUGUUAAAACUCCAGUUUAUUAUAAAUGGGCAAAUAAAGUAUUAGAUUCAAUGAUAAAUUUUUUAGAAUCAAGUGAUAAAAAAAUUUUCUUAAGAUUAUUAAGUGAUUUACCAAUAUUGAAUGAAGAAAUGUUAUUAAAAAUAAAAACUUUAUGUUUUGAUCCUGAAAGAUCUUCAAUGGGAUUUUUAGCUUUUCAAUUUUUAAUUAUGUAUAGACCACCAGUUAAAGAAAUUUGUAUUAAUAUUUUAAAAGAAUUAAGUGAAAGUGAUCAAGAUGAUGUUAAAGAAGAAGCUAAAAAGAAAUUAGCAAGAGUAUAA